AAUUGUUGACUUCAAAGUAGAGGGACACAAAUUUAAGGGGUGGGGCUCCAAAGUCCUUGUUUUAAGACAGCUCUUUCUCCUCCAUUUGCAAUCUCGGCGACCAGUAAUCGGGAAGAUUGCUAGAAAUGAGUUAUCAGAAACCUCCGCACGAGCACUAUCCUCCUCCAGGAUACACGCCACCUUAUCCACCACCGGGAUACCCUCCAUCAGCGCCGCCCCCGCCACCGCCACCCUACGAAGGGUACCCACCACCGCCUCCGUCUGGUUAUCCAGGGUACCCACCACCAGGGCCACGACCACCGUAUCAAGGGUAUCAAGGGUAUUUCAACGAAGGGUGCCCACCACCACCUCCGCCUCCCGGCCACCCGCCACCAUAUCAGCAUUAUCACUACGAGCAUCACCAUUACCAAGACAAUUCCGAUGGCUGUACCUCAUUUUUGAAAGGAUGUUUAGCAGCACUUUGUUGCUGCUGUGUGUUGGAGGAAUGCUGCUUCUAAAAUUUAAACUGCCUUGACGAGUUUCUCAAGAUGUUAUUGGGUAUGGCGAUUCUUGUUUUUCAUUCCCGUUGUCUACUUGUCAAAGUUAUUCUACACUACAGUGUUCUUGAAUUUCCUUAAAACUUGUACACAGUAUAAAUAUGCAACAAUGUGAUUGUUUGGCGUGUAAAUCUCAAGACUAUGUUGCUUCUCAA